UAGAAGCCCCAUAUUCUACGCCUUUAUUUACAACAACAACCAAAAACAUUCAUUUGUCAUUUUGUCUCCUCUUUUAUUUUCUCUGAUCAAAGGAUUAGUUAUGGCUGUAUUCAGAGUCCUGCUUGCUUCUCUUCUCAUAUCUCUUCUUGUCCUCGACUUCGUCCAUGCCGAUAUGACGUCGGAUAACGCCCCUAAAAUCGAUUGCAAGAGUAGGUGCCAAGAACGGUGCAGUCUCUCGAGUAGGCCGAAUCUUUGUCACAGAGCGUGCGAGACUUGCUGCGCUAGGUGCAACUGCGUGCCACCGGGCACAUACGGAAACUACGACAAGUGCCCGUGCUAUGCUAACCUCACCACCCACGGUGGUCGCCGAAAGUGUCCUUAAAAACAAUGUCGAUGUUUGAUUUGCAGUUUCGUUAAUACUACUUUGUACGAGUAAUUUUUAUUAAUUUAUAUGGAAAUAAAAGGCAAGCAAGAGAAUGUUAUACGUUAUGUGCAACUCUUCGAUCUUUGUUAGUGUUUAUCCAAGUUGUACUUGUUGAUUUAAGAAUCGGUUUGGUUUUGGUCUGA